UUUAUAUUAAUUUUUUUUUUUUUUCAAUCAGGGGUGUUCUCUCACAGGGGAAGGAAUCGUAGAUACACGUGUCGCAAUGAACAGGAAGGUCUACCUGUGGACGGUCCGUGCGGGGAGCAGUGCAUUUGCCUCGAUGGAAGGCUAGAGUAUUGUUGUAGAAAACGAAAGAACUUUGCCUCAAUGACUCGAGGUGAAAGACUACGAUAUGUAAACACUGUCUACAGGGCCUCUACGGAUCGGCGGUACAGAGGAAAAUACAACAGACUAAUUGCCAUUCAUUCAACAAAUUUUAUGAGAGGUAUUCACGAUCGACGGCAAUUUCUACCUUGGCACCGAUGGUAAGUCUUAAUGAAACGAUCAUUUCAUAUCCUUCAAAAUUGCUGGGUUGUCUUCAUGAACUUGUUCCCAACCAUCAGCUGCACAGCCUUUUCCCUAACGCUUAAUUUCAAGGCACGCAAAAGCCAACAGGGCCGAGAAAAAAAAAGACGUUAUGAGGCAUCUCCCUUUCUUUUUAUGCAGUCCGAUUAGGAUGUGACCACUAGUCUCUUGAGGGGGAGGUAUGAAAAGAAAGUCGUUAUGAUGUUAAAGUUUUCACUUAAAAUACACAAAUACGCAUGGUUUAAAGAUAAUGGUCGAAGACCACGACUUUGAUUUUUCGACAGCGAUUGAACUACAUUUAUGUUUUAAAGGAUUAAUUAAUCAAGUAUUAAUAAUUAAUUUAUAAUAAUGAUAAUUAGAAAGGAUGUAAUCAUCAUUUCACAGGCGCGGGAAAAACAAAAUAUGAGUUCCCUAAGGGAAUUAAACCUAUGAUCACCUUCAUACCGGUCGGAUAAUCUGACCACUGAGCCACGUGGAAUUUCAGAAAUUUCAAAUCGAAUAAGCGCCCUAAAUAUCUAUUGUUUUGGUUUCGUCAAUGCGCAGGUAUCUUCUUAAAUACGAAAAUUUACUUCGAGAAAUCGACUGUAGAGUGACAUUACCGUAUUGGGAUUGGAGCCUGUUUCCUGGAGCCGUGUGGAGCCAAGGGGAAGAUGAAAUUUGGUCGUCAAAACCUUGGGGACUAGGAGGAAAUGGACAAAGAGGUAGAAGACCUGGCUGUGUUAAUCAAGGACGAUUUAACCGAAGAACAUGGCGCGUUACACCCUCGGCUCACAGAGAUUGCCUUAGAAGGUCUUUUGGAGGUACAACUGGAUUUUAUUACAGUGUAUGUUAUGUCAUCGUCAAACGCUCCCAGAGUAGCAAUUCAACACGCUAAUUAUAAUUGGCAGUAUAUCUGAUGCAACUCAAUCACAUCCUGAAUAAAUGAUAUCUUUUUUUUGCCUGAGAAUUUUUACCAGGGGAAAAAAAAUUUUGUUUAGAUAUUAUCACAGUGACAAUGUACGUAAUGCCAGAAAUAUAAUUAUUAUGGAAAAAAAGGUUGCUAUUUUAUAUUGGGGCAAGCCCAUUGUUCGCCUUUCUUGUCAGCGCCAGCGGGUUAAGAGGAAUUAUGAGAAGCCAAUUAGAAAAGGGCCAUACAUUUUGAAUAAAUAAUGAAUUGUUCUUCUCUUGUUCUUAUACAGCGAAACCACCGGAUAUAAUAGCUGUCUACCUCACUAAGGCUUAUUCUCCAAGACAGUUCAGACAGUUUGAGUUGGAACUGCGCGCCAAUCUUCACGAUACAUUACAUUGCAACGUAGGAGGCACAAUGUGCAACCAGUAUUCUGCUAACGCCCCAGAGUUCUUCCUUCAUCACGCCUUUAUCGACAAAAUUUGGGCAGAUUGGCAAGAAAAGGGCACUGAACAUAUGGACGUUUAUUUCAGAGAUCUUCCCUCUAGAACACGUAUGCAAGCAGCGCAAUUUCAUCCCCAAGACUAUAUAGACACCUUGUAUCUACCCCACCCCGAUGUUAAUAGACGAAAUGCAGAGAAUAUCUGUGUCAUUUACAAAGAUCCCGUGCACCCAAUGUACGAUGAAGUAAUGAGUCGCCUUGAAAGCUUAACCACCAGAGAAGUUCGUCAAAUUCGUAGGCGUGCAUUUCGUCCGGCGACCUCCCGACAAUUGAGACGUCUUGGAGUCAAGAGGAAGGAGCGACGUCAAGCAAGGAGGCUGCUAAGGAUGAUCGAACCAGGAAGACAACAUCGAAUCCUUACAAAAUCCCUAAAAACAACCCUCGACAAGAUGCUUGGCUUUUCUUUGAAAAGUAUUCCAUUUAGGGCCAACUCAAUAAGAGAUCGGCCAGCUAGAAGUUCAGUUCUCAGGGAUGUUCGAUGGUUGGCGAAUUCACUCAAUUCCACGACAAUGUCAAUUGGAAAUUUUGGAGACUCCGCAUCUGCUAACAUCUCCUCUACUUUGGUGUAG